GGGGAAAGCAGACUUUGUUGAAACAGGAAGUUCAUUGAGAACCUGGUGAUCAGCACAGCGGUCAUGCUGGGUUGUCUGUCACACAGUUACACGUGAUCUUCCUUCUUUCCUUCCAAAAGUUCACAUCCUUUUCUUCCCUGUGAUCAUCCAGCAGUGCUUCCCUUGAAGCAGUGCAUCGAUUGCAACCUUUUUUUUCUCGAUUGUUUUUUCUUUAAAGGCACCUCUGAAUGUGUGUGCGUCUGUUUGUGUGCGUGUGCUGUAAAGUGUAACUGUAGCCCGGUCAUCCAUGCUGGCCGGCGCCCAGAGCAGAGAGAGUCUCCCUCGCUCUGCCCUCCGGCCUCGGGCGCCCGGAGAGGAAACGCCUCCUGCGUGGAGCUGACAGGGAGCAUUAAGGCGAGGGAUGCGGGUUCACUUGCCCUGUGUAGGGGCUUAGCACCGGGGCUAAGCUGAGGGACUAAUAGCAAAGCCAGCCCUGCUCCAGCCGCCCUCCGAGGGCAUUUGGGAGCCAUCUGGCCACACUCGGUGGCAGAAGCCAACAACAAAAGAGGGGGCAGACCGUUCGCAGCGAGCGACGGACUGAAAGGUGAAGAACAUUCGCUCAGAAGAUACGGCAGCCAGGAGAGGCGGAGAAGGAUACGAGAAGUUGAGAAGGAGGAGGAGAGUGUUAACGCUAACGACUGAGAAACAGAGGACAUGUCUGAUAUGGAGGAGCUGCAGGGACCGGAGGCGGGCCCCAACGUCACACUCACCCUGAGGCUCUUAAUGCACGGGAAGGAAGUGGGCAGCAUCAUUGGAAAGAAAGGAGAAACGGUGAAGAAGAUGAGAGAGGAGAGUGGAGCUCGCAUCAACAUCUCUGAAGGGUCGUCCCCGGAGAGGAUCGUCACCAUCACAGGCCCCACUGAGGGCCUCUUCAGGGCCUUCUCCAUGAUCGCCGAGAGGUUCGAGGAGGAUAUUACUGCGGCGAUGACAAACAGCAAUGUGACGAGCAAGCCGCCUGUCACCCUGCGCUUGGUGAUCCCUGGGAGUCAGUGCGGCUCGCUGAUUGGCAAAGGAGGCUCCAAGAUCAAGGAGAUCAGAGAGACCACGGGUGCCCAGGUGCAAGUGGCAGGAGACAUGCUGCCCGACUCAACAGAGAGGGCUGUCACCAUCUCCGGGGCUCCGCAGGCCAUCACCCAGUGUGUGCGACACAUCUGCUCCGUCAUGCUGGAGUCACCCCCAAAGGGAGCUACUAUUCCAUACCGUCCUAAGGGGCUGGCUGGAGGCCAUGCGGUACUAUCUCAGCAGCACGGCGCACCAGCGUUCGCCAUCCCAGGUCAUCCGGGGCAGUAUGCCUUCCCCCAUCAAGAUUUGACCAAGCUUCACCAGUUGGCUAUGCAGCAUAUCCCCCUCCCCUCCCUUGGGCAGAGCAACCCUACCUUCCCUGGAUUCGAUGCUUCCGCCCCGACUAGUUCACAGGAGCUGGCCAUACCGAACGAUUUCAUUGGCUGCAUAAUCGGAAGACAAGGCAGCAAGAUCAAUGAGAUCCGCCAGGUCUCUGGAGCCCACAUUAAGAUAGCCAGCACAUCUGAUGGCUCACCCAUGCGGCAAGUCACGAUCACGGGCUCCCCGACCAGCAUCAGUGUGGCUCAGUAUCUGAUCAACGCCAGCUUAGAGAUGGCUAAGUACACCAUGCAGGCCGCCUCGUCCAUGGCCCCGAUGGACCUCAACAUGAGCUUCCCCCAGGGUGCCCAGGUGGCCGUCUCCUCGCCUAGCUCCAUGGCCAUGCUGGGCGCGCCGCCCUCCUCGGCCCUUAGCGUCCACUCCCCCUCCGCGCUCGCCGCCAUGCAGGGCCAGCACUACGCGCUGCCCGUGUCCAGCCUGCUCGGCAUGAAGUCCCUCCCCGUGCUCACCAUGCACCCGGCCGCUGCCUCCAGCCUAGCCCAGAGCCUCUCCCACUACACGGCUAAGAUGCCUAAGUCUGAAAGGCAGAAGUUUGCGCCCUAUUAAUUGUUAGCCAUGGAUUGUUGGGGGGGGG